AGUCUUGGGACCACAUCCGAACAGUUACACAUAUUCAAAGCGGUUAGCCGAAUCGCUGGUUGAACAAUACAACAAAUACUUCCCAGUUGCCAUCGCUCGUCCGUCAAUAGUGUUGCCAGCACUUCAUGAACCGAUCCCUGGAUGGGUGGACAGUCUGAACGGACCCGUGGGAGUGGUGGUGGCCGCUGGAAAGGGUGUCAUCCGGUCGAUGCUCUGCGGUGAAAAUAAUUACGCUGAAGUUGUCCCUGUUGACAUCGCCAUCAAUGCCCUAAUAGCCAUCGCGUGGAGGAGAGGAGUCACAAAGCACGACGUGGAUGACCAAGUGCCGUGCUACAAUAUUUCCUGCAAUGACAUCGAACGAGUGACCUGGGGUGAAGUUCUGAAGAAAGGCAAGCAGUUUGCCUACGAGUAUCCCUUCGACGCUGGACUAUGGUACCCGAAUGGUACCAUCCGAACGAACCGGCUCACUCACUUCAUCGUUGUGUUCUUCCUUCAGAUCAUCCCCGCCUACCUCAUCGAUUUCCUCAUGCUCAUCACCCGCAACAAGAGAUUCAUGGUCCGAGUUCAAAACCGAAUUUCAGUCGGCAUGGAAGUGCUGCAGUACUUCACGAUGCGGUCAUGGGAUUUCAAGAAUAAGAACGUGAAGCAACUGACGGAGCUGAUGAACGAGAGGGACAAGAAAUUAUUCGAGAUCACGAAUGCGGAUUAUGAUAUCGAUACCUACUUCAAGGACUUCCUCCUCGGAGCUCGGCAAUUCUGCAUGAAGGAGCCACUGUCCUCCUUGCCCCGAGCGAGGGUGAAUCUCAAGAGGAUGUACUACUUGAACGUCAUCACUCAGAUAGUGUUGGGACUGUUGGGAAUGUGGCUACUUGUGAGGUGGUUGGAUACUAUUCGAGUAAUGCUGGACUACUCUGGGCAAACCAUGCUACGACUCCCAGUUCUCAACAUGUUGGUUCCGAAAACGUAGAAAACCAUGAACACAACUACACAUAACUGUAUGUAAAAAUAGCGCAGCAAAUUCUCAAGUGGAAAUUUCGAUGGCCGCAUGGUUUCAUGGCCAGAAAUUGAAGACCCAAAAUUCAUUCUAUACUCAAUGUGUGAUACCUAUAAUUGGACUGAAGAAAAAUACUAAAUUCUGAUGGAAAAGUUCAUAACAUUAAGUCCACAUGAUGUAUUAAACUUGGUUAUUGCUCAACUUCAUUUCAAUUGAAAAAUUUUGCGGUGGCGAUAUCAUUGCAAGAGGUGUUCUCUAAACGUAGCUUGACAAUUUUAAACUGCCAUAGUCGAGUUGGCAUUUGUGAUAAAGAGGGUAAAAUUAUUUCCCUCUCGUGUUAUUACUUGGUGUGAGGAUAAUGAGCGUAGAAUUAGUGGCAGUAUAUUGGCUGCCUUAUUCUUCCUCAUUUCUGCGUAUAUGACUGACUUUCAAAGGAAAGAUGAUGAUUUUUUUACGCUGCUGUUUAGAUUAGGAUGUACCCAUACUGAAAAUCAAUCAUGUUUAUGUGUCUAAUAACAAAGAAUUUGUCCCUCUUUUUCUAUUCUCUCUUUAACAACUCCUCUUCGUAGAAAAAUAUUUCUGAUGGUGCUUUCGCAACUCCAGCACAGGGGUGAGAAAUGUAGAAGCUACACCUGAAUUUUUUUUAAAACUUGAAUUUGGAUAGCAAAACAAUUUUCAGAGAGACUUUUAUAAUCAAAAUUAAAUUUUACUUCCCUAUCCUUUUUAAGUAAUUUUUUUUCUACCGAGAAAAAUAUUUCUGAUAGGAUCCUUGACCUCAAAUAUGCUUUCAAUUAUUUUUAUGAAUGACGUAGGUAUACUAUCAUCCUCCAAUUAUAUUUUACCAUUUACUUAUCAGUAUUGUCCUUUGAUUUAUCGUUUCUGUCAGAGAGGCAGGCAACUUCAAAUGUAUUCCUCUUUUAUGAUGAAGUAUUACAAUACAUUUCCAUCAUUGAAUUUAAAUAAGUUGAGGAGAUGCACUUAUUGCACAACUGAAAUUACCAAAUGAGAAAAUCUUUUCCAUUUUAUACCUUCAAAUACCAAAA